AUGAAAGUCGAAGAUUGGAAAUGGCGAUAUCUGAUCCUCGUGUUCGACUGCUCUAUGACGUUCGGGUGUUACUUCAACAUCGACAUCAUCAGCGCCGUUCAGGCAGAUAUACAGGGUCAAGACACUGGAACCUGCGCAAAUAUAACGAAUGCCACGUGUUGUGAUGGGUGUCUUGGACUGGGCCCCGAUAGGUACAACCAGUUGUACACCGCUUUCUCCUGGAUGAACGCACUCUUUGCCUUACCAGGAGGAUAUCUCAUCGACAGAAUCGGAAAUCGAGUAUCUGCGAUCAUGGUAACAACGAUGGCUACUUUCGGUACCAUCCUGUUUGCUGUUGCCACUAUGGAUGGGAUACAGGGGACGACCGCCAUGUUUCCUUUGAUGAUAUGUGGGCGUGUACUAAUAGGAGCGGGAACUGGGUCGUCACUCAUUGUUCAAGAUCGCGUCGUCGCGUUUUGGUUCAAGGACAGAAUCUCUUUUGUUUAUGGAUUUGUGAUAUUCGCAUUACGUGUGGGAAACGUUUCAAAUUUUCUUCUUACUGCUAACAUCGCAAAACAUUAUGGAAUCCAAUGGGCAUUUUGGAUGGGAACUGUAGCCUGUGUGAUAGGAGUUUUAUCCGCUAUCAGCCUCGCUAUAGUAGACUAUUACGGUACUCUGCAGCUGGAUGAUGACUGUAAAAUAAAUAUGAAAGCCCUGCCAGUGUCCCGUAAGGAUAUCAGAGAAUUUCCUGCUAUUUACUGGAUGAUUUGUCUGAUGAUCAUGUCCUACUAUGCCAGUUAUUUACCUUUCGUUUCAAACGGAACGAAGUAUAUUCAGGAUAGAUACGGAUACUCUAAAACAACUUCCUCUUACUAUAAUGGAGCUAUAUACGACACAUCAGUUGUCAUAUCACCACUGGUUGGUAGCAUACUGGGCGCAAUAGACUGCCACGGAAUCGUUCUUACUUCAAUCUUUGCAUUCACUCUUCCGAUCUUCCCAUUACUUUCCUACUGUCCAGAAAUACACCCACUAGUACUCACUAUCUGGAUUGGCAUCUCCUACACAUUCGCCGGGGUGUGCCUGUGGCCAUGUAUAAUAAUUGUCGUUCCUAAGAAGGCCAUUGGUACUGCUAUAGGAAUUGCAACCUUUAUCCAGGGAAUGGGUAUUGGCUUGACAAACCUGGUAACGGGCAAACUCCUCGGCUUCACGGAAGACCCCAAUAAGGAGUCCCUAAUACACAAAUACCAAAAGAUGUUUUGGUUGUUACUGAGCAUGUGUCUUUUCUGUACACUCUGUUCUGUAGUCCUCAACAUUCUCGACCUCACAAAGGAAAGAAAAUUAAACAGACGACUAGCAAAGAAGAGUGUCAAAGAAAUGAAAAACUUCGCUGAUGAAAAAUCUCCUCUUAUGACAGAUGCUCCUAGUAUACAGAGUUAUGUAUCCAUAGACGCUAGUAAUGUGGACCUCGCUCCAGGAAUACAAUGA